AGCAGAGAGCAUAAAGGCGAUGCUUUUGUGCUUCCCUAAGCAUUGCCAGAGACAGGCUGAGCGUGCUUAGUGGAGGGGACUCAUCUCUGCACAGAACCCUGGCGUGGAUGGGAGAUCUCCACGAGGGAGGCUGUGUUCAUUAGGUCCCACCUGGAGGACUCAACCUUUGGGCCAGGAUGCAUCGAAUGAUGAAAGAAGAAUCGAGCUAUGGGACAAGUGGCCUGGAAAAUGCAACGCGUGACACAAGCAAAGAGCAGCUGCACGUGAAGCUCUGCAAUGGGUCCUGCCAUGCUGAGCAAAUCCUCCAGACACUGAACGCCUACCGGCGCAGUGGCAUCUUCACAGAUGUGGUGUUGCUGAUUGAUGGACAAGAAUUCCCCUGCCACCGUGCUACUUUGUCAGCCAACAGCACUUAUUUCCGGGCGAUGUUUGGUGGCAGUCUCAAGGAAGGCCACCAGAACAUCAUCAACAUCCAGAAGAUUUCUGCUUCCACCAUGUCUCUCCUUCUUGACUAUAUGUAUGGUGGGAACAUUGUCAUUCAGGAAGACAAUGUUGAAGGCAUCUUGGAACUGUCUGACUUGCUGCAGAUCUCCAAGCUUAGGGAUGCUUGCAUCAGCUUCCUUGAAGGCCAGCUUCACCCCUGCAAUUGUUUGGGCAUCAUGAAGUUCGCCGAUUCGUUCUCCAUCGUUUCCCUGACAGAAAAAAGCAAGAGGUUCAUGCUGGAGUGUUUUGUGGAGGUGUCGUGCCAUGAAGAGUUCCUAGAGAUGGGUGUGAAGGAACUGGUUGAGUACUUGUCUGAUGAGCAGCUGGUGGUCCCCAAGGAGGAGGUGGUCUUUGAAGCAGUCAUGCGCUGGGUACGACACGACGUACCUGCCCGGAAGGGAGCCUUGAAGGAUCUCCUUGAGCACGUGCGUCUGCCACUGCUCAACCCCACCUACUUCCUGGAGAAGGUGGAAAUGGAUGGGCUCAUCCAGGACUCAAAGGAGUGCAUCCCUCUGCUGCACGAAGCCCGCAAGUACUACAUCCUUGGGAAUGAGGUCAGCUCUGUGAGAUCGAGGCCCAGAAGGUUCAUGGAGCUGGCAGAAGUUAUCAUCAUCAUUGGGGGCUGUGAUAAGAAAGGUCUUCUGAAGCUGCCCUUCACUGAUCUCUAUCACCCAAAGAGCAGGCAGUGGACGGCCCUCUCCAGUGUGCCUGGCUACACCAAGUCAGAGUUUGCUGCUUGCACACUGAAGAAUGAUGUCUACAUUUCAGGGGGACACAUCAGCAGCAAUGAUGUUUGGGUGCUCAGCUCCCAGCUGAAUGUCUGGAUCAAGGUUGCUUGUCUGCAGAAAGGCCGAUGGAGGCACAAAAUGGCAACGCUUCAAGGCAAGAUCUAUGCUGUGGGAGGCUUUGAUGGUUUCUACCGCCUCUCCAGUGUGGAGUGCUAUGACACCUUCUCCAACAGCUGGUCCACACUGGCUCCACUGCCACAAGCUGUGAGCUCAGCAGCUGUGGUCUCCUGCCUGAACAAGCUCUACGUGCUGGGUGGUGCUGUGGAUGACACUGCUAACACUGACAAGGUACAAUGCUAUGAUCCAGAAGACAACAAGUGGACCCUCUUGUCUCCCACUCCUUUCUACCAGAGGUGCAUCAGUGCUGUCUGCUUGGACAACAUCAUUUAUGUUGUAGGUGGGCUCCUCAGUAAAAUCUUCAGCUAUGAUCCAAGGAAAGACAGCUGGCGAGAAGUGGCUGCCCUCCCUGGGCCUCUGGAGAGCUGCGGGCUGACGGUGUGCGGAGGGAAGAUUUACAUCCUGGGUGGCCGAGAUGAGAACGGGGAAGGCACAGACAAAGCCUUCACUUUUGACCCUGUAACAGGGAGUGUGGAGCAGCAGCCCCCGCUGCAGCGCUGUACCAGCUACCAUGGCUGUGUCACCAUCCUGCAGCACAUGAACAGAUGACCGUGGGGCUUUGACAGCAUCUUUCUCCUACCCAGAUCCUCCCCUUGAGUCAGUGGCCACAUAUGUGGACAGACAGCAGUCUCUCUGCAGGGAAGGGCAACGUAAGCCCCUGAAGAUGUGCUCCCACCAGGCCCUGAGCAACAUGUGUUUGGGUUUGUUUUUUUUUUUCCAGGUCUGAUGAUGCCAAUGGUUUUGAUGCUGAUCUAGGUGUGGGGAUGAAAGUGUGCUGGGCUGUGUGAAAGGUGCACUGCAGACCUUGCCAAGCAGGGUUGCAACCCCUGGAACUGCUGAUUUUGACUUCUUUUAGGUUUCCCUGAAUUGUAGAAUGGUUCGAGUUGAAAGGAAGCCCUGAAGGCCAUCUGGUCCCACUGCCUGCAAUGAACAGGGCACCGUGUUCAUUGAACACCCGCAGCUCCAUCAGUGCUCAGAGACCUGUCCUCGCUGCCCUUAUUGUAGAAAAAAAAACUUAUUCCUUAUAUAUGGAUGUAGAUCAUGGUUUUCUGUACCGUUGGUACAAGGGCAUGUAAUUGCUUCUCUCUGACACCCAGGGCUGUUACAGACACAAUUACAUUUACAGGAUCCCAUUCUUCAGCUCUCAAAUAUUUAUGCAUUUAGCUCCAUCGAGCCCUGUGUCAAACCAUGCUUGCCCAAGUGGUCAUUGAUGCCUGUGAGCAGUUAGUUCUACUCCAGUGGACAUCUGAGUUUGAGACCUCAUAGCUGAUAUAAUGGGAAAAUUUCUCUGCUAAACCCCUGAAAGCCCGCUUAAAUGGCCACAUACUGAGUCCAUUCUGCAUAUACUGCAUGAGGUCUAUCCCCUGAAAGCACAGAGUGCUGUCUCUUCUUUAUGUGUUUCAAGGUUGGGCUGCUGUCUUGCUGAGACUUUGUCAUCAAGUAAAAAGUGAAUCAUGUAGCCAAGAGACUCUUCUUCAGAGAGCAGAUUUGGGCAAGUUAUAAUGUGUAGGAGUUGCAUGCAGUGUCCUGAAGUGUGAUAACCACAGAACUACAAUUGGGCUCCUUUUGGCUUUGAAGGAUGCUGUCAACUAGGAAAAUAAAUUCAAUAUUCAACAGAUUUGACAGAGCACCCCUGGGAGCUUAAUGUGCUGUUUGUUUGGUAAUACUGACUGUGCUGCUCCAAGGCUUUGACCUCAGGUCCAGAAGUGAUCCUGAGCACAUUUGAUUUGGUAGAAUACCUGUAGGCUUUGCUGGGAGUAUCAUCUUAGUCCAUGGCUGGAACUGAUGAUUUCUGAUGGGUUUGUGUAUCAAAGAACUAUGGAUUGAAAAGGACCACAAUGCUCAUCCAGUCCCAACCCCCUGCUUUGUGCAGGGUCGCCAAUCAGCAGCCCAGGCUGCCCAGAGCCACAUCCAGCCUGGCCUUGAGUGCCUGCAGGGAUGGGGCAUCCACAGCCUCCUUGGGCAACCUGUUCCAGUGCCUCAGCACCCUCUGAGUGUAGAUGUUCAUGUCAUUCAUUUAGGCUCUGAAGUGUUGCCAAAUGUAGAGUGGAAUCACUUAAAAAUUCCCAUUACUUGUACAUUCACAGGUGUACCUCUCUGUAGCUGAUGCUGGCUGGCUGCUGCUCUCUCUGCACCUUGUUUUCCUCUUCCCACUGAUGACCUCUUCAUCAGAGUAUAUAUAUAUAUAUAUUCAUCAGUAUAUAUAUAUUCAUCAGGACAUACAGAAGUAGAGGAGCAUACUGUGUUGUUGGCCCAGAUUCUCCUCUUUUCAGAAUCUUCUAAUGAUCUUAAGCCUCUUGUUAUCGCCUCCCUCCGCCAUACGGCUGGAUUUUAUUUGGUGCUCUUUAGUAUCUCUAUCUUCUGUGAGCUCUGAGUUCACCUCUUCUUUGUGACGUUAUCAGGAUCACCUGAAAAACAUGGCAAGAAGAAGUUCCUGCUGAAGACCCCAGAUUGACUGACAGCUGGGCAUGCUGUUGUCUCCUUUUCAUUAGGAAGCCUGUGCUUUUCCAUUGUUUGAGCAGUGUGUUUCCUUGCACAAAAUGUACCAAAUGCUGCUUAUGGUCUGAAAGGCCUCAGGGCUACAGUGGCUAUUUUAUUUAUGAAGGCACACUACGCAUUCUCAGCCUCAAAUUCUCUUCAAGGCCUGUGCACAGUGUGAUGUGUCCUUCAAGCAAUAUAAAGGAGAUUUAAUGGCGGCAAAGGUUACUGGAAGUCUUUAAGAGACAUGUGGAUGUGGUGCUUAAGAAGAUGGUUUAGUGGUGGGCUUGCAGUGGCGGGUGGAUGGCUGGACUGUGGAGAUCUUGAAGGUCUUUCCAACCUAAAUGGUUCUAUGUUUCCUCCGAGGAGAGAAAACAAAAUACAUGCUGGCAACGGGCAAUUUAAUUUGCAUCAAAUUGCAUCCAUAGUUAUGUUUAUAAUGCAAAUGAUUACUUCAGGAGAAACUGCCACCUUUCAUUGAUAUAAUUAAAUUAACAUGGAAGAAAGUAUGAACUAUCAACUCAAGUUGUUGACAGACUUUAGGAACAGAGGCCUUUGUUCUCUUAUAGGCUAAUGUUCUGAGGACCACAAAUUGGAGCCCAUCCCCCAUAGAAAAACAAAAACAAAAAAUCUCUUUUACUGUCCCCCAUGCCUUCACCCAUUCACCCUUCUGGAUGUCUCCACCUUACCCCCAUGUCGUGUCUGGUUGAAGAGGUUCUCAAUUCUCUGAAGGCCUGGCUGUACUUGGGAAACCACUGCAGAUGUUUCAAGCGCCCCAACCUUCCAAAAGCAUUGAGUGUAAUGGCUUUUGUGUUUUGUAGGUCUGUUUGGGGGGGACCUAAUGCGGUGUCACAAUAGUUUGGAGUUUCCUAGUCUUACAGUGGGUUUUCUCUUUAAGCAUCUGACAUGAAAGCUGUGCUAAAGAGGAUUCAGGAUGUGGGGUGGUGGUAGGUUUGGUUUUGUUUGGCUGUGGAUGUUAUUUUUGUUUGUUUGUUUGUUUGUUUUUAUGUGGAAGUUUUCAGAAAUUUGUGGUUUCAUACCAAUAAAGUCAAGGGAGGAAAACGUUAAUGCCACUGUGACACAGAGCUGUUCUUCUUGCAAGUUCUCUCUCUACAAUCUUCUCUAAUCUCCCUCAUUCUUUUAGGAGUCUCUUGCUGUACUUCUCCCCUUAGUCCUGUAGAAGUGAGCUCUCUCAAGAGAGCAGAUGUUCUGGUCAGCUUUCCCAUGUGUUUUUGACAUGUGUGGUGCAUUGCAGCAGCUGUAACACGUGGUGAAAGUUGUAGUGUAGGUUCUGAACCAUUUGCCCUGUUUUGGUUGUGAUAUUCGUUGUACUCCUGAAAUGUGUUUGUAUUUUGUAAGGGCUCUGAGCUGUGGGCCUGCAGGGGAGGGAGAGGGAAUCAAUUUAACUUGUUUUUCUUAGAAAUAAACGUUUUUCUUGGCUCCAAGGCG